AUGGGUUCUCAGGUAUUUUUCCACCUUUUUCGCCUAAAAUUGCAUCUGAGAACCCAUUCUGGCGAGAAACCGUAUUCAUGUGAGCACUGUUCGAAGAGAUUUUCUCAGCUAGGAAACCUGAAGAUACAUCUGAGAACCCAUACUGGCGAGAAGCCAUUUGCCUGUGAACAUUGCUCGAAGCAUUUUUCCAGGGCUUCAAGUUUAGAAACACAUCUGAGAACCCAUACUGGCGAGAAACCGUAUUCCUGUGAGCAGUGUUCAAAGGCAUUCUCCAACGCUUCAAAUUUAAAGCAACACUUGAGAACCCAUACUGGCGAGAAGCCAUUUGUCUGUGAACAUUGCUCGAAACAAUUUUCCAGGGCUUCAAAUUUAGAGACACAUCUGAGACACCAUACUGGCGAGAAGCCGUUUGCCUGUGAACAUUGCUCGAAGCAAUUUCUCACCCCUUCGCAUUUAAAGCAACACCUGAGAACCCAUACUGGCGAGAAGCCAUUUGCCUGUGAACAUUGCUCGAAGCAAUUUCCCACUCCUUCACAGUUAAAGCAACAUCUGAAAGCCCUUACUGGCGAGAAACCGAAGGUUCACAUAACAAAAGCCACUUUCCAGCAGCUGGAUGGCCAAUUUGAAGCUGAACCUGGUUAUGGACACCAAAGAGACCAGUACUUAGCAGAUCACCAAGUAGAAACCUUUCUCAUAGCUCCACAAAAGACGUUUCAGAUGUAA